ACUUUCCUCAACACUUCUUCAGGAGCCGGAAACAAAACAAGUGUGUCAUGUGAUUCCUGCUUGUGAGUUUUGUCUAUUAUGUAGCUGUUGGUGGUAAAGUCACUUUAAAAAAAAAGGAUUCACAGAAGUUGCCGAGAGGUGAGGGUAACACUAUCAAACGCUGGCCACCAUGGCUGAUGAUUUGAAGAGAUACCUGUACAAACAGCUGCAAAGUGUUGAUGGUCUUCAUGCCAUUGUAGUGACAGACAGGGAUGGUGUCCCAGUUAUCAAAGUUGCCAACGACAACGCUCCGGUCCACGCUCUGAGACCUGGCUUCUUGUCCACGUUCGCUCUGGCCACAGAUCAGGGAAGCAAGCUGGGCCUCUCAAAGAACAAGAGCAUCAUCUGCUACUACAACACCUACCAGAUUGUGCAGUUCAAUCGGUUGCCUCUGGUCAUCAGUUUCAUUGCCAGUAGCAACGCCAACACAGGUAUCAUCAUGAGUCUGGAGAAGGAGUUGGCUCCACUAAUAGAGGAACUGAGGCAGGUGGUGGAGGUGACAUAAGCCCUGCGGACAGACUGGACAGCCCUAAGCGAGGUCACCUUUCCGGAUCACGUCCUGCUCGCUGAAUCUCUCCAUCUCUAAUGGUGCAUUCGUGUUCUGUGGGGAAAAAACCUGUCUGGAGGUUUUUUUUAACAGUUCAAAUCCUGACUUUGAAGUGUGAACAUCUUCAGACCUGUUUACAUCAUGAUUGAAAUUUCCUGUAGUUUUUUUUUUUUUUUUUUUUGUCUGUUCACUUUGCUUUCUGCCAUUUUCUGUUAAACUGUUGUUUCACAGCUAAGACAGAGUUUGUAUGUCAAAUCAAAUGUCUGAAUAAAUAUUUCAUUUUUAGCACCUGA